GUAUAGUUUGUCCCUUCGGCUCGCCGUAGCUCACACGGCGGGACUCGAAGUGGAAACUUGAAUGUGUCAUAUCAGUUAGCAUGUGUUAUGGUUUGUUGUUUUUUUGUGGGGAAACACGCACAACAACGACAAUCCACCACAUAAUACAGGACACUGUACGAGGGACCUUUAGACGGUGCUGAAGAUGUGCUCUCUGGGUCUGUUCCCCGCUCCGCUGCCCCCCGGACACAUCACUCUGUGUGAGGCCAACAACGAGCUGCGGUCCGGGUCCAGCACCGAGGACCAAGACCGACUGAAACAGGACUCCAGUCCUCUGAAUCUGCAUUUCCCCCGAGAGUCUCUGAAGCUUCACAGUCGCACAGAAAGCAGCAGCAAGGCGGCCUUCCUGGACCACUCUGAAACACUGUGGAUGAGGAGCGCCGCAGCGUGGCGGGAUGGUGGGUUCACAGGGCUGCUCAAUGAAAUUACCAACUCGCACACAGAGGUGCCUAAAUGGCUGUCGAUGAGUUCUGGUUGUAUCCUGGCGUUGCUCCGUUGGGUCUCUUCCUUCCACGGCUCCUUGUUUCCUCAUCUCACCUUGAGCAGUGAGGACAUGAUCGCUGAGUUUUCACAAGUGCUGAACUGGUCUGACUGUGUGGUGCGAGCCUUUGCCUGGCAUCCUCAUACAGAUAAGUUUGCUGUAGCCCUGCUGGACGACUCCAUCAAGAUCUACAACCCCAAAAGUGCGACGACUCCCACGCUGAAGCACCGUCUGCAGAGGAACGUCGCAGCGGUGCAGUGGAAGCCGCUGUGUGCGUCCGCCCUCGCUGUCGCCUGUCAGAACUGUUUAUUGGUUUGGCACGUAGACCCGUGCUCACUGUCAACCAGGCCUUCCUCUGGUUGCGCUCAGGUUUUGUCUCAUCCCGGCCACUCUCCCGUCACUUCCAUCGCCUGGUCUCCCAGCGGCUCCCUCCUCGUGUCUGCCUCGCCGAUGGACACGGCAAUGAUGGUUUGGGACGUAGCUGCGGAAAACUGCGUGCCUCUUCAGCGCGUUGGAGGAGGCGGCGUCACAUUCCUGUCCUGGUCCCCUGACGGCAGCCACGUCCUGGCUUCUACGCCGUCUGCGCUGUUCAGAGUUUGGGAGACCAGGAUGUGGACCUGUGAGCGUUGGCCAUGUUUGAAAGGGCGCUGCCAGUCUGGCUGUUGGAGUCCAGAUGGGAGUCGACUUCUCUUCAGUGUCCAGGGAGAGACGGUCAUCUACGCUCUGACUUUCACCGACACACCAGCAGCUGUUCCCACAAGCACGUCGGUGGGGUCGCAGGCAGCAGUCGUGGUGGCCGACCUGUCGGAGACGACCUUUAACACACCAGAUGGAGACAUCAUUGUCGGUGGAGAGAUCCAGUCUCUAUCCUGGGACCCACGAGGAGAGAGACUCGCCGUGCUUCUCAAAGGUGAUCCACAAGUGGCGGGCCGGCCUGCCAUCAUAGCCGUGUUCAAGACGAGAGCCAACCCCAUCUUUGAGCUCCUGCCGUGUGGGUUUGUUCAGGGGGAGCCGGGAGCAGAGCCGAGGCUGAUGCAGUUUCAUCCGAAUUUCCGGCACGGAGCUCUUCUCACAGUGUGUUGGUCCAGUGGGAGAAUCACCCACGUGCCUUUCUAUUUCCUGAGCGCUGGCGUGCCUCACCUCGGCCUCAACGGUAGCCCGUCUCUGCCUCGCCCGCAGGAAAGACCCGCCGACUUCUCCAAUCAGUCGCUCUUUACGGAGCUCAUCUCCUGACCCCCCGGCCCGCUACCACUGAUUCACUCACAAGUGAUUUCUGUUAUUAUUAUUCAUUGUCAAUAAAUGUGUAGAAAGUUCUUGCUUUA